AUGAAAUUGAUUCAGAUCCUGACCGCACAGUUAGAUAAACUUGUCAAGGAUGGGUUGCCAGAACUACAUGCGUUCUAUAGGGAUCUGGAAGAUGCAGAGCUAAUAUCCGAAGACGAGCUUCGCGACCUGCAGGUGGCUCUUGCCUUGCAUGUGGUGAGAAUUCUUCUGUUCACAGGAGCUUGA